AUGUCUAGUGGGGUGCCGAGAUUAUCUUCUCUUUCGUGGAAGGAGCUAAUUAAGCUUGGUGAUUUUGGUGAACUUAAUUGGUUUAAUUCCGGGCUUGAGCGGAAAAUGGGCAAUGGCCUCAAUUCUAGUUUUUGGAGUGAUACUUGGAGAGGGGAAAGAAGCUUCCGAAGUAAGUAUCCUAGGCUUUUUUCUAUCUCGGCCCAAAUGGAGGCCUCGGUUGGAGAGGUGGGGGUGGAGCCGGAGUUAGGUACGGAGUGGAAAUUCUUGUGGAAAAGACAUCUUUUCAUGUGGGAAGAGGAGGUGCUUUUGAGCCUUAAGGAGGACUUCGAAGGGGUGAGGUUGAAUAAUCAACCGGAUAAGUGGAAGUGGAAGUUGGAAGAUUCCAGUGUUUUUUCGAUGAACUCGGCAUACAAGAGGUUAGUGGGUAGUGUCCUUAAUGAAGUGGCGUGGAGGGAGGAUGAAAAGGGUGUUUUCGAGAUGUUGUGGAAGUCUCCGGCACCGUCAAAGGUGGUGGCUUUCGCUUGGAGAGCAUUCCUCAACCGGGUCCCUACCAAGGAAAAUCUUGUUUUGAGAAAUGUUCUAGCACCGGAGGAACAACCUUUUUGUGGUUUGUGUAAUAGGAUGGGUGAAUCCACAUUACAUCUUUUCCUCCAUUGCGAUGUUGCUUGUGCGGUUUGGCUUAAGUUAAUGCGGUGGUUAGAUCAAAUUUUUAAUUCUCCGCCAAACCUUUUUAUUCAUUGGGAGUGUUGGCUUGGAAGAGAAAGAGAUAAGAACAUCAAAAAUGGCAAGGGGAUAAUUUGGUUAGCAAUAAUUUGGGUGUUGUGGAAAACGCGGAAUGACAAAAUUUUCAAUGACAAUAACUUUGAGGUGGACGACAUUGUGGAGGAGGUGAAAGUGUUGGCGUGGAAGUGGACAAUGAGUAGAAUGCACAUUCCAACUUGUUUGUAUUUUGAGUGGUGUUGGAACCCACAAUGGUGUCUUAACCAAGCCCCUUUCAGGAGGUAA